UUUUCUUACAAUUUUAUAAUAUUCGAUAAAUAAAUGGAAACCAACGCUCGGUGCGCGGUGUGCUCUCUCUCUCGCCCAAAAUCCCAUAUGCAUUACUUUCUUCUUCCUACCACUGCCAAACAACAUAAACCGCAGGUUUGUCUCCUCGUAUCCCCCACUUCUCUUGCUGAGGCAGUGAAUCCUCCAGUUGGUCAUCCGGGUAAGAUUCAAUUUCCCAAAGGGUUUUACCAUAUAAAUCUUGAACAUUUUCCUGCUUUUCCUGGAUAAGAGAAUUGUUUUGUAAUCCUCUCCGAUUUCUUCGCUAUCCUUAUCCAUUUAGUUAGUUAUACAGAUUCCUUCUUGUUAUUUACGUUUGAACCUGAGAUCAGAGAUACGAAUUAUUAUCGGUCUCUUCGAAUCCAUUGAUACCCUUUUUUUCCUUGAACCGCAGAUACGCUUAUGUAUCGUCUUCAAUAAUCUUUUGUUAUAGUUUUGUUUCGAGUUCCAAAUUGAGGGAUUUCCCAAUUCAUUGUUCAAAACAUUAAAGUUCAUUCAUGUUAUGAUAUAUGUUUUCUGCGUUUUGAUAUCUCAGUAUGCUCAUGGGCACCUAUGCUUGUAACAUGCUCAUUUAUCCCCACUCGACUUAUCCAUUAACGAAUGAUUGUAGGAAAACUAUUUACUCUCCAUUGGUAAACUUUAUUUUAAAAACUCCCAGAAAUAUUGGCUUUGGUAAACUCCGUUGUCGAUUGAUUGCUCCGGAUGUGGAACAGAUAGAAAAAACAGUAAUUGAUCAAAUAGAGAAACCAAGGUUUAAGUGGGUAGAGAUAGGACGUAACAUCCCAGAAGCCCAAAAAAAGGCCAUAGCUGAACUCCCUCCUAAGAUGACCAAACGAUGUAAGGCCCUGAUGAGGCAGAUUAUCUGCUUCACUCCUCAGAAAGGAAGUUUUUCUGAUUUGUUGGCGGCUUGGGUGAGGAUUAUGAAGCCUCGGAGAGCUGACUGGCUUACGGUUCUUAAAGAAUUGAGAACAAUGGAUCAUCCACUUUAUCUAAAGGUUGCAGAACUUGCCCUCCUAGAAGAAUCGUUUGAAGCCAAUAUUCGUGACUAUACUAAAAUAAUUCAUGCUUAUGGGAAGCAAAACCAACUUCAAGAUGCUGAAAGGACCCUGUCAGCCAUGAAGAGUAAAGGCUUUACCUGUGACCAGGUAACUCUUACAACCAUGAUUCACAUGUACAGCAAAGCUGGCAAUCUUGUGCUAGCUGAAGACACUUUUGAACAACUAAAGCUGCUAGGACAACCUUUGGAUAAGAGAUCGUAUGGCUCAAUGAUCAUGGCCUACAUCCGAGCCGGAAUGCCCAAGCAGGGAGAGAUUUUACUUACCGAAAUGGAUGCCCAAGAAGUAUAUGCAGGAAGUGAGGUUUACAAGGCACUGUUGAGAGCAUACUCCAUGAUUGGUGAUUCUGAAGGAGCUCAAAGAGUGUUUGAUGCAAUUCAGUGCGCUGGUCUACCCCCUGAUGUUAAGCUGUGCGGGCUCCUUAUAACUGCUUAUGGAAUGGCAGGUCAAAGUCAAAAGGCACGCUUUGCAUUUGAAAAUAUGAGGAGGGCUGGUAUUGAACCAAGUGAUAAAUGUAUAGCGUUGCUGUUGGCUGCAUUUGAAAAGGAAAAUAGGCUUAAUAAAGCAUUGGAGUUUCUGGUAAGUUUAGAGAGAGAUGGCAUAAUGCUUGGUAAAGAAGCUUCAGAAAUACUAGCUAGAUGGUUCCGGAGACUAGGGGUAGUAGAAGAAGUGGGGCUUGUUUUGCGAGAAUAUGCAGUAGGUCAAGCCAAUUUCAAAGUUCCCUCUUCCUAGAUUACAAUCUUUUGGUCUAGUGUAUAUGUGCUCCUUUCAGUUUCCAAGAAUGUUGAAGUGGUAAGAAUAUUAUUCAGCUUUUAUUUCCUUCCAUCCUCUACUUAUAAAAAAAAGUUCCUUCCACCAUCAUUGUAGCUGGAGUGUCCUUGGAGGAAUAUAAAGGAGGCUAUAAGUUAUAACCUCUACCUUCCCUCUUA